CUCUUUACCUGCACCAGAGUCUUUGCUCGUCCUCUACUUGAUUCGAACUCAACGAAACCACCGUAAAAUCUUCUGACGACCGAAGCUUUUCUCCGGAUUGCAAUGAGUGAAUCCACAUUUGAAGAACCGAUCGAGCCGACUUCGUUUGAUCUAAUCGUCAUCGGAACCGGCCUGCCGGAGUCAGUAAUCGCCGCCGCAGCCUCUACUGCUGGCAAAACUGUGCUCCAGCUUGACCCUAAAGACUCCUACGGCAGCCAUUUCGCUUCGCACACACUUGAUGACCUCAUUUCCUUCCUGAACUCACAUGCUGCUCCUCCCUCCACUGCCGGCGGUGCCGUUAGUGAUGAUGAUUAUGCUACAUUGGAGCUCAAUCGGUGCUCGUUGUACUCCCACAUUGAGACUGCCAACUAUGCGCCGGAGGUCCUUGUUGAGCAUUCGAGGAGAUUCCUCAUUGAUGUUGGAGGGCCGAGGGUGUUGUUCUGUGCAGACAAGGCCAUUGAGCUUAUUGUGAAGUCUGGCGUGGGGGCGUAUUUGAAUUUUAAGGCGGUUGAUGGGAAUUUCAUUUGGGAUGAGAGUAGUGGUGGGUUGUGCAGUGUGCCGGACUCACGAGCAGCGAUAUUUAAGGAUAAGAGUCUGAGUCUUAAAGAGAAGAAUCAGUUGAUGAGGUUCUUCAAGCUCGUUCAGCAGCACUUGGCAGCCUCUGAUGGUGAGGAUAAUGAAAGUUCGAGGAUUUCAGAGGAGGAUUUGGAGAGCCCGUUUGUUGAUUUUUUGACGACACGGCUGCCGCCCAAGAUAAAAUCGAUUAUCCUAUAUUCCAUUGCAAUGGAAGAUUAUGAUCAAGACACCUCAAAAGUUUGUAGAAGUAUUCUGAAGACAAGAGAUGGAAUAUUGCGUUUAGCUAUCUAUCAAAAAUCAAUUGGCAGGUUUCAAGAUGCCAAUGGAGCUUUUCUUUAUCCUAUCUAUGGUCAUGGGGAGUUGUCACAAGCCUUUUGCCGCCGUGCUGCUGUAAAAGGUUGUCUCCAAGUUCUGCGAAGGCCAGUGGUUGCACUGCUUAUGGACAAGAAUAGUGGCCAAUAUAAGGGUGUUAGAUUAGUUUCGGGUCAGAAUUUGUUGAGUCAUCAGCUGGUUUUGGAUCCAACCUUCACGGUCCCAUUGCCACCAGCUUCAUCUCAACCUAACGCUCCAAAUGAAAGUCUGAAAGGUGAUAAAAGAAAGGUGGCCAGGGGAAUAUGUAUUACAACAAGAUCCUUGAAGCCAGAUGUAUCAAACUUAUUGCUUGUGUAUCCUCCUAGAUCUUUGUUCUCCGAGCAGGACACGUCAGUCCGAGCUAUCCAGCUACGGGGUGGAACUAAUGGUGGCGGUUUGGCUGUUUGUCCAUCAAGCAUGUUUGUGUUGUACUUUUCUGCAUUAUGUGAUGAUGCUGAACAAGGGAAAUGGUUGCUACAUGCGGCCAUGAAUGCUCUUCUCACGCUUCCAGUUUCUGGAAAUGUUGAAUGUGGUUCCACAGAUCAAAGUGAAGACGCAGAACAAAAAUCCACCUUACUUUGGAGCAUGUUAUACAUUCAGGAGAUCACAAUGGGUCAAUAUGAACCUCUGAUAUCCACUCCCAUGCCAGAUGGAAACCUCAACUAUGAUGAUCUGCUGGAUGAAACUGUUUCGAUUUUCCAGAAGAUUUAUCCAGAUGAGGCAUUCUUUCCAGAGACUCCCUCUCCCGAGAACCCAGACGAGGAUAUUGAAGGGCCAAGUCUGGAGGACUGAUGGUGGCUUGCUGUACUCAAGUCAGUGUAUACAUUAUACAGUACACUCAGGAAUAUGCAAAUGUGGAAAUGUGACUUCUAGCAUCUUGUACACUAAAGUCAAGUAAGACAAAAUGGUUAGAAAUCCCUUUCUUUUUUUGUUUUACAGGAGUGCCAGAGGCCCAAAAACCCUACUAUAAAUUUUUCAUAGACUGUCCAUUGGGAAAGGGGCACCAUUUACUGUCAGGAUUGUCUUUUAGUGGCAAUAUGUGCUGGUGGAUAUCUAUCUUGUCUCCAUUUACUAUAACAAGUCUUUGACUUGCUGCACACUUUAACACUUGAAUGAAUGCACAUUGUUGUUGCGCUUUGA